AUGGAAGAAUUGCACCAAUCAGCAUUUCGAUAUAGACGAAAAUUACCUUCAAUUAUCAGUGCUGCUCGAUUGCUUAGACUACGUUCGGGUCUGCUAGAAGGAGAUAUGUUAUUUAAUGCAGAAGGAAUAUAUGAGAGGAAGCCACAUCGUAUAAGUCCAUUUUCACUUGAAGCUCGUGUUCCUUUACCCAGCGAAAUCGACGAAAAUAGUUAUGGCACAACGGUAUGGAAAAGAAACGAAAGAGAACGUCUACGUGUUCGUUGUGUGAACGAAGCAUACCAGAACUUGCGUGACCAUUUGCCACUUACAGAAAGCGAACGUCGUAUAAGUAAAGUGGAUACUUUGCGUUUAGCGAUUCGAUAUAUACAUCAUUUGGACUCUUUGUUACAAGAUUAUGAUCACUGGAGUAAAUGUGAUUGUUUCACCACAUUUCAGACGGAAUCUGAAGAACGAGCAGAGCGUUUACGUGUAGUAGACCGUAAAAAAGAAUCAGUAGAUAUGAUGAUGAUAUGCCCAACUCCAUAA